AGUAUAUAUGUUUAUUCAAUUAAUGCAACUUUGGGCAGUACAACCCAUCAGCAAUUAAAUGUAACGAUAAGAUAAAUACACAGUUCCACACGUCCAGUUUCUUUCAUCGUCGGAAACCCACGGUCGGUCGGUCGCUCUAUGCAUAGUUCAAUGCAUAAUACAUAAUUGGAAAGUAGUAUCAAACAAUAUUGAACAAUAAUAAUAAAGGCAUCAUGCAUACACAUAUCAUUAAGGCGACAACUCAGCAUUACGUGAUGCAAGAGCAUAAUGAAGAUAUUUUUCUAAAGCAGCCAGGGUAGGUGUCUGUUGUGAACCCAACAAAGGAAGUAAUUUAUAUCAACUUGGUGAUUUAUAAUAGUAUUUUUGAGGGUAUUUUCUUAGAUAGAAAUAUUGAGGACAUUGAGGGAUAAUAUGAAAUUCAUACUUAAUUUGAUGUGUGUCACAACAUCACUUAAUCUAUGCUGCCAGCUCUCACCCUGGUAUCUUCCAGUUUCAAAAUUUAAAGAGUGCGAGGAAAGUCUAAUGAAAGGGAUAUGUUUCUUUAAAUUGUUCUGAAUUGGUUUUGUUAAAAUAUGGUUGGAUUCUACAGAAGUCAUGAUGUACAAAGUACUUACAGAAAAACCUUUUGAAGAGUUUUCCAUGAGUGCAUUACAGUCUUGUAAAUACGUGUCUAGAAUUCUAUUUUUGUAUAGAUGAAUUUUUCACUCUAUCAAUGUUGUAAUAUAAUUCAUCGUAACAAUUUCUAAUUAUCCUAUUACUUUCACCACGCAACACUUUAAUUAAACUGAUCUGAACAUUCUGAAGAAUCAAAUGAAUAACUUUCACUAAAUGAUUUAACUUUCUAACUAUUCUAAUGGUCUACUUCGCAUGUUUCGAUUGGAAAAAUGAAAGGAUAGUUUAUAUAUAAAAAGAGAUAAUGUGACCAACAUUUAUAUUUUCUUGUAAUUAGAGAUAAUUGUCUCAUACGUGUAAUUACGAGACAUUUUCUCGUAAUUUCGAGAUAAUUAUCUCGUAAUUACAAUAUCUUUUUUUGUAAUUACAAGAUAAUUACCUUGUAAUUACGAGAUAAUUACCGUAUCUCGUAAUUACGAGAUAGUGGAAACUUAAAUAAUUUUUAUAUGAUACUAAGAGGUUUUCGUCACUAUAAAAGCAAUGGGCCCUGUACAUUCUUUAUUAGUGCUUGGAAUAAACUUUCAAAUGUUGACAGGCUUUUGUCCAAUAUGCAUGCAGUUAAUUAGUGAGAGGAGCAAAUAUUUGUAUUGAGAUUUAUGGGAAGUAAAUAGGUACUAUUUUACUCUAUACCUACCCCUGGGUGCCAUAGUCAUUGCGUUUCUAUAUUUUCAUACUGUACGUACAACUGUAAGAAAUUGUGUGAGUGAAAAAUGUUACGUCAUUUCCAAUUACAUUUUCACAUCAGCAAAAUAAAAUGAAUCUACAUCUACAGUAAAACUGAUUGGUAAUUUCGUAAAAUUUACAGUAUGUUUAUAGAUUCGUAAUUUCGCGGAACCCAAAUACAUAUACACAAUUUUUUUUGUACACUUCUCCAUCAAUGUCAACUAUUAACCACACCUCCUAAAGCGGAUCACAUACGGCAGACGAGGUCGUUCAUUAUGUCUUUCCCAAUUUGUAUUCACAAGCACGUGUAUUUGCAGUAUAGCGAAUACGCCGUGACCUUUAUUCCCCCAUGCUGCUGCGUUUGGCUACAUGUGUUAAGCAGUAUGUGAGCGCAUCACACGAUGUACAAACUGAAAGGAAUAAUCGUGGCAUCAGUGCUAAUUGGAUGCAUAGUGUAUUUGUCAUUGUUUUCACGCUACGAAACUGACAAGGUCUUCUAUCAGCCAUUAUGGAACGAAUCCAGCUUUUUGAAGAAGUUGGUGGCAUCGCUGGACGCACACUCACCAGUCAAUCUUGCCCAAAAUGCUGUGGGAAUUAAAGGAAAUGUUAGCGAGCAUACAUCAAAUCUCACAAUUGUCACGGCCUAUUGGGAUCUUGGAACGUUUCAAAAAGGGGCAGGUGGAAAAUUGCAUUUCUCAACGAACACAUACUUCGCUUGGGCAAAAACAUUUAAAUAUUUAGUAAAUCCUCUAGUGGUUUACACUGACUCAAAAGAAUUCAAAAAUCUAAUGGAAAAACUACGAGCUGACCAUAUCAACACAACAAAAAUAUAUUUUAUGAAUCGGGCUGAGUUAUGGCCCUUUCAAGUCAUUGAACAGAUACAGACUGUGUAUGAUUUACCUGGUUAUCCUAAAUAUUACCCCAAUACAGUAAAUGCUGCAUAUGCGGCGGCCCAACAUACCAAAUACACCAUUACAGCAGACGCAGUGCGCAAAAACGUUUUUCAGGCACCAUAUUAUGCUUGGCUGGAUAUUGGAUAUUUUAGAGAUAUUGUGAAUAAAGAUGUGUUAUUCGAAUUGAGUAUUCCAACAGAUUUGAAUCCAAAUAGAUUAGCUGUGAAUCGAAUUCAGAAGUUUUCGAUGAAGAUAGACCCAUUCAGAAUAUUUCGAGAUAAUUAUGUUUGGGUCGGUGGUGGAAUGUUCAUUGGAAGUGAAAAAGUGAUUCUGGAGUUUGAACAAUUAUAUCGCAAAGCGGCAUUGUAUUUUCUUCAAAGCAAGUUAUCGAAUUCCGACCAACAAGUGUUGUAUUCUUUAUAUAGUAACAAAGGCAGAGCAGCCUUAAAACCCAACGUAGAACUUCAGUUAUACAUUCCACAGGGAUCUGGAAAUCCAUGGUUUUAUUUAGGGUAUUUAUGUCGAAAAGAAGUUCCUAAACAAAAAACAUGAGAGAGAGAGAGAGAGAGAGAGAGAGAGAGAGAGAGGACUGACAAACCAGUAAGACACUAAAAGUAGAUAUUCAAUGUGAUAAGCCAGCUGUAAGCUUUUUAGCCAAUGAAAUUGAAGAAAACAUGACGUUCGUGAGGACUGGCAAAAUAGCGGGUGUCAUGAAUUACACAGAAUAGUAAAGAUAACGAUUCCACCUAAUUCCAUUUAAGCUAAAAAUAGUAUCAACCGGAAGACAUUGACAACAAUAUUGUGAAAGGCGAAGAUAACGAACAGUGAUCGUGCGUUUCGAUAAGGCGAGCUGUACUAUUUAUUGUAUGUACCAUUUAUCAUGUAUGACAGUGCACUGAUUAUUGUUAUAUAACGUAUCUAAGAAAAUGUUUGAUAUUUCAGUCUUUAAAUGAUAUAAUUUAACUUAAGCAACUCCCAUGUUAAAGGAAAUUAUGUGGGAUGAUAGGUUCGUAAGUCACCUACUAAGUGUGUGUAUUUUACAUUUUUCAAACUGAAAGCUGUGCAUUAAUUAUAAUUAAUUACUUGUAAUCAAUUUGCAUUGUACCCAUGUUUAUAAUUGUUUGUGUUGAAAUGAAAAAUGUAGCACUUUU